AGCAGACAUGUAGCACAAUGUAGCGCACAUGCAUGUUACAUCUUAAAGUGAGAAUAUGAAUAAAAAUAUUUUUUUUCUAUAUUUGAUUACAAUCACAGGCUGAACACUUACGUAAUACUUAAAUAAUAGGUCCCUGCUAAAAGCUGGUUAAUGCAAUAAAAAGUUGACAGUGUCUUGCUCUUAAAACCUUCCAAUCAUAUAAAUCUCAUGCUAGCACCUUUGUUGUUUAACGUGCUGCAUGUAUUCAUGUAUUCAUUAAUAUUAUCACAGAUUAAAUUAUAACUUACAUUUUGUUUCAGCACCAACAUUUUGACAAUCUCUGCAUUGUGAUUAUAGAAAAUCUACAUAAUGGUGUUAUAUUGUGGAUCACUGUGUUUAUGACAAAUUAUUUUGAAUGUGUGCAUAACAGUAAAAUUGGAGGCUCCAGAUUAUGCUGUUUUGCAUUGCUUUAAUUAAUUUAGUCACUGUGAUGAUUCAUUAUUAUAUAAUAUACUAGAGUUUUAGAGGUGGCUGUCAUUUCUGUCUCCCCCACCCACAUAAACUUAUAUAUGGCGCUAACAGCAUUGGAAGUCAUAAAAUAAACACAUUCCAUGACAAAUCUAAUCCAUGAUUAUGUACUUUGGCAAAUAUCUAUUACAGUCACAAAAUUAAACCACCGUCCUAUGACUUGAGUUCAGCCACUUGUCGCCUGAGCCGCUAGGUGGCGCUGCUGCACCGGCCUCACGUGUUGAUGCCCAGUCUGCCUCCAGCAAAGAGAAGCGUGUGGUUGGAUGCGAGCGCCACCGACCUGACUGUACUUCCAGAUCGAACAUGGCGGUCUCGGUGUUCAGCGGCGUGCGGCUCCUCUCGAUCGGAGACGCGAAUGGAGACAUACAGCGGCACUCGGAGCAGCAGCCCCUGCGGUUAGAAGUCAAAAUCACACAAGAUGCUGCGCUAAUCAAUCUCUCCAAUGGAGAGGAGGCGAGUAUGUUCAAGUGUUCUGUUACCAGGGAGACGGAGUGUAGCCGUGUGGGGAAGCAGUCGUUUAUCAUCACUCUGGGCUUCAACAGUGUCCUGCUACAGUUUUCGUCACCGGCAGAUUUUCAGUCCUUUUAUAACCUUCUGAAGAACAGCCGUGGGCAUAUUGGUGAGCACUCGGUCUUCAGUGACAGAACAGAGGAGUCCUCUGCUGUACAGUACUUCCAGUUUUAUGGCUACCUCUCCCAGCAACAGAACAUGAUGCAGGACUAUGUUCGAACAGGGACUUAUCAGCGAGCUAUUCUACAAAACCAUGCUGACUUCAAAGACAAGGUGGUGCUGGAUGUUGGGUGUGGCUCGGGCAUUCUCUCUUUCUUUGCUGCUCAAGCCGGAGCUAGGAAGGUCUAUGCUGUGGAGGCUAGCACCAUGGCUCAGCAUGCAGAGGUGCUGGUCAACAGUAACCGUUUAGGGGACCGUGUGGUCGUGAUCCCAGGAAAGGUGGAGGAGGUGACGCUGCCCGAGCAGGUUGACAUAAUCAUCUCAGAGCCAAUGGGCUACAUGUUGUUUAACGAGCGCAUGCUGGAGAGCUACCUGCACGCCAAAAAGUUCCUAAAACCCAGUGGUAAAAUGUUUCCCACCAUCGGCGAUGUUCACCUGGCUCCCUUCACAGAUGAGCAACUCUACAUGGAGCAGUUCACCAAGGCCAACUUUUGGUACCAGCCCUCCUUUCAUGGCGUGGACCUCUCUGCCCUGCGGGGAGCAGCGGUGGAUGAGUACUUCCGUCAGCCCAUCGUGGACACGUUUGAUAUUCGUAUCUUGAUGGCCAAGUCAGUCAAACACACAGUUAACUUCCUGGAGGCCAAAGAAGAGGAUCUUUAUAGAAUAGAAAUUCCCUUUAAGUUCCACAUGAUGCACUCGGGUCUGGUUCAUGGUCUGGCAUUCUGGUUUGAUGUGGCUUUCAUGGGAUCAGUAAUGACCGUGUGGCUGUCAACAGCUCCCACAGAGCCUCUCACCCACUGGUAUCAGGUGCGCUGCCUGCUGCAGUCUCCCCUCUUCACCAAGGCCGGGGACACUCUGUCCGGCACCGCCCUGCUGGUGGCCAACCGGAGACAAAGCUACGACAUCAGUAUUGUUGCCCAGGUGGACCAGACAGGAUCAAAGUCCAGCAACCUUCUGGACUUGAAGAAUCCCUUUUUCAGGUACACAGGCACCACCCCCAACCCCCCUCCUGGCUCACACUACACUUCCCCAUCUGAGAAUAUGUGGAACACAGGGGGCACCUACAGCAUGAGUCAGGGAAUGGCUGUAUCAGGGAUGCCUUCAGCUUAUGACCUCAGCACAGUAAUUGGCAGUGGCCCGGCAGUGUCUCACAACAACCUCAUCCCCCUGGUGAACACAGGAAUUGUAAACCAUACCCACUCCAGGAUGGGCUCCAUCAUGAGCACAGGAAUCGUCCAGGGAGCCACAACGGGCCAGUCUGGCCCCAGCAGCAGCGGUACUUACUAUCCUGUUACCAAUCAGUUCACCAUGGGGGGUGCUGCCAUCUCCAUGGCCUCACCUAUGGUCAUCCCCAGCAACACCAUGCAUUAUGGCAGCUAAAAGGAAGACCUUGACUAGACCUCUUCAGCCUCCCCGACCCCGCAUGACCGAUUUCCAGCCUCUCCCAGUGGAGACCCUUCCCCAAACUGACCUAUCAGCCGCAGCCAAAACCGAUAUACCAAAACCAGUGUUGUGCUGGCACUUCCUCCACCCUGACCACCGCCGUCGCCCUUUUAGGUUCACCAACAUAUGAACAUGUCUCAAUACGCUCAGACGCUCGUAUCCGUCCAGACUCCCAGCUACAAACUGUUUCCGUUUCUCCCUCUUGGAUUCAUUGGGACUAUAAAAUAUGCACAGCUGUAAUGCACAGCAGUUGUCAUCUCCCCCUUUCUGGCUCUCCACGCUCCUCUCAGUCCUUCCAUCCUUUGGUGUCAUGAUGACCCAGAAGUGUUUUGUUCUCACAGCUCUCACAUCUGUACCAGACUCUCACUGAAAGACUUUCACAUGUAUAGUAGGACUCUACUAUCAUCAUCAACACUCAUUGAACUGCCAUCUUAGCUUAUCAUGUUGAAGUAAGGCAAGACGAAACGGUUUAAAGGUUGAGUUUUCUCACAUUUCCCUGUUUACUCCUUGUGUAGUGUUUAUAGUCAGACAGAUAUAUUACAAGACGUACGUAUGUGGAAAAUGAUUUUUUGGUGUUUUGAGCAAACAAGUGUAAGUUUUGCUUCCUACAACUAUUGGGAGAACGUUACCUUCCAUGCUGAGUGAUGAGAUGCAUUGACACCUGAUCAUCUGUGCGUAUGCUAUUGCGUAUGCGAUUAUAGCUUGCUCACAUGGUAGCAUAAGUUAUUAGUGGUAUUAAGUGCUUUUUAAGCUUCUGCAUUGGAGAAAGAAGCCUUGAUACGUCUAGAUGGUAGCAUCAGGUUCUGAUAUAGAUCUGUCUGGUGCUCAGAGUAGAACAUAGGAAUCUAUUAAUAACUUCUUUUUGCACAGUUUCUUGACCUGCUCAGGAAAAUACCAGACUGUUUAGAUGAUCAGUGCAUUAGGUUUCUAACACUGGGCAGGUAGUUGGUCACAGCGUCGCUGAAAACAAAUUUGAACGAGAGUUAAUCGCAUAUGUCAGAACUGUAAAGUCUGGGAAUGGAGCAGCGAUAAACUGAGUGAUUCAGUGAUGGCAGAACUGGUGGUUAAAAGCUGAUGAGUGCAGCUUCACAUACACUUGUACUGUGUGUGUGUCACGGUCACCGUAGCUACUAGAAAAGCAGGAAAAAAAGAACAUUGUAGUGAAAUAGUCGAGCACCUGAAGCAUCAGUGAACAAGAGCCACUGCUCCGCUUGUUUGCACAUCCAGAAAACAAAAAGCCAGGCGACACGUUGUGAAGACCUGACACUGGAAAUUAAUCAACGGACUAGGAUGGAUCGAAAACCGUUUUCCCUUAAGUGCUGGGUUACCCACAGGUGAACCUCACGUACUGGUUUUAUAUCUUAAAUGUCUGAACCUGGCGUCUCCUAAUCAUCCACCGUUCAUUGUGUUGUCUUCAUCAAUUGUUCGUCACUAGUUUUUAAACUCUGCUGCCAAACACCCUGCCAGUUUCUGUGGAUACAGUUAAACCUGUGUCAAGAAAUGAAGGGACGCCGUUAAAGUUGGGCAGUGCCAACAGAGUCCGAUCUAUGAGCAGCCUGUGGGUGAUUUAGAUUUUCCACACUGAGCAUGGAAGGUGACGAUAGGACACUCUCCUAAAACCUUUAAUUAUGUAAACCUGCAGCAAACCUCCGGCUGCUCCACAGUCUCCACUGAGCCCCUUCUCUUCAGCCGAGUGGAUGUUGCAGCAGGUGCCCCUCAGACGGGUCGCGUGUGUGAAGGACAAACCCGUGAGGACCAAUGACCUGGACGCCGUAAUGAGGAAAGCUUCGCCGGACUGGCAGCAUCCUAGUUUACAUUCUUGCUUCUCAUCUCAAACUCCUUCUAGUCACAGACUUGAUGGUGAAGACAAGGGAGGUCGUCCCGGUCCACUGUCUCCCUCACCUGGUCAACAAACGACGCCCGACGAUGCCCAACACCCACAACCUUCAGCAGUAAAAGGGAGAAAAGACUGACACAUGUUGCAUUGCUUCCAGUGUCGACUAUAGGACUUGGUUCAUUUGAAAUAUGAGUUAGCAAGUUUUACGAAACCUGGCAAAAAUGUUUGUAGAAUUAACCUUUUUUUUGUUGUCUUUAUUGUUUUUCUUUCACAGUUUAAAAAAUAAGAGCAAAUUAAAUGUGGUGAUGAUGUUCCAAACCUG